GCCAACAUGGCGGAGGCGGAGUCGGUGCAGUGUCCCGUCUGUUUGAAAGACUUUACUCCUGUCGCGAUUAACGGACACCUGGACGUGUGUCUGCUCGGGGCCGCCACCGAGGAGAGCGGACCGCCGGUUAAGAAACCUCGUGUUGACAAGGGAACUGCAGUCCUCAACCCGAGCGACAACAAGCCCGCAGCCUCUUCCUCCUCCUCCUCCUCGUCAUCGCCAGUGUUUUCUCUGUUUCACAACAAGGAGAAACUUUCAACCCAGAAGGAACGAGAUGGUCUACUUUCUACUAAAGUGAGUCCGAGGGGAGUGAAACGUGUGCUGAACGAGGCUGGAGGAGGAGGAGGAGGAGGAGCAGCGGCUGCUCCUGGCGGAAACAUGAAGGAGGUGAAGUCUGCUCCAUCACUGCGGACUUUGCUCACAUCCAACAAGCCUCUGGCGGAAGCUCUGAGGCCCACCUCACUGGAGGAGUACUUUGGCCAGAACAAAGUGGUCGGCCAGCAGACGCUGCUCAGGUCGCUUCUGGACUCCCAGGAAAUCCCGUCUCUGAUGCUCUGGGGACCCCCGGGAUGCGGAAAGACCACUCUAGCCCACAUAAUUGCCAGCGGCAGUAAGAAAAAGGGAACGGCCCGUUUUGUCACCCUUUCGGCCACCAGUGCAUCAACUAGUGACGUCCGAGAGAUGAUCAAGCAAGCGCAGAAUGAGCUUCGACUGUUCAAGAGGAAGACCAUCUUGUUCGUUGAUGAAAUUCAUCGCUUCAACAAACUGCAACAGGACACCUUCCUUCCACACGUGGAGUGCGGCACGGUGACUCUGAUCGGGGCGACCACCGAGAAUCCGUCCUUCCAGGUUAACGCAGCCCUGCUGAGCAGAUGCAAAGUGCUGGUCCUGGAGAAGCUGUCCGUGGAGGCUAUGGGCUCGAUCCUGAGCAGGGCCGUGGCCGCGCUGGGGAUCACGGUCCUGGGACGGGAUCCAGCAAAUACCAAAGAUGGAAACCAAACAGAUGAGCAUGAGCCAGAGAUUUACAUUGAAGAAAAGGCCCUGGACACCAUGGCUUACCUCUGUGACGGCGACGCAAGAGUCGGACUCAACAGCCUCCAGCUGGCCGUUCAGGCUCGGAUGAACUCCGUCCAGUCAAACGUUUCAGCACAGCAACGGAUUGUGGUGACCGAGGAGCACGUCAAGGAAGGUCUGCAGAGGUCUCACAUUCUCUACGACAAGGCCGGUGAAGAGCAUUACAACUGCAUCUCGGCGUUACAUAAGUCCAUGAGAGGCUCCCAUGAGAACGCCUCUCUCUACUGGCUAGGCCGCAUGCUGGAGGGCGGCGAGGAUCCGCUCUAUGUGGCUCGCAGACUGGUCCGCUUCGCCAGUGAGGAUGUGGGUUUGGCGGAUCCGUCUGCGCUGCCUCAGGCUGUGUCUGCGUUCCAGGCCUGUCACUUUAUCGGGAUGCCUGAAUGUGAGGUGAUCCUGGCUCAGUGCGUCAUCUAUUUGGCCCGAGCACCCAAGUCGGUGGAGGUCUACAGGGCGUACGCCAACGUGAAGACCUGUUUAAGAAGCCACAAAGGCCCGCUGCCCCCCGUCCCCUUGCACCUCCGCAACGCCCCCACCAAGCUGAUGAAGCAGCUGGGCUACGCUAAAGGCUACAAGUACAACCCGGCCUUCAGCGAACCCGUAGAGCAGGAGUACCUACCUGCAGAGCUGCGAGAAAUCAACUUCUUCACCUGGAUGCCUUCAAACCACUGACUGUGUUUGGUUUUUUUGGUCGUUUGUUUGUUUUAAAUCAAAGCUGCUGAUGGACGUCUUAUGAGAGAUAAUAGCUUGAAUGUAUCUGUUUAUCUAAUUGCACUUAUAAAGUUGAGUUCACGCUUUUUUUUUAAAUUUCAUAUCUUAUGUGUUGAAAAUCUUUUGUUUCUCUUGGAAAAUUUACUGUAUUUUCAGAAAAAAGUCCCAAUUUACUAGAUUAUACCUUAGUUUUGUCCUUGUCAUUUUUAAUACAUUGCUGAUCUAUUAAAAAAAGCUGUUCUUUUUUUUGUUGCACUCUAAAUGUUUGUU